CGUUGGCAUUUAAGCAACGGAGAGUGUCAGUUCAAGAGAUAUUGUAGUAAAAACGUACUGUAGAGGCCUAAACACUCUCCAACUCAUACCUGAAUUGGAACAAUCGUUAAUAAGCAACAGUGUGAGAGCGCGGUUUAGUAUGCGAUCGAGACUCGCAGGGACCACAAUGAUUAUGUAUAAAGCGGAGACAUACCUGGUGUUGGCCAGUCUCAUCAUUUGCGCCCAUGGGGCGUUCAAAUGCGAAGUGAAGACUCAACAAAGUAUUUCAGACUAUAGAUUAUCCAGUCGAGCCGUGCAGGGAAUCCUCUUCAAAAAUGGCCAAGGAGGUGGCGGAUUUCAGGCAAUUGAUUGUGUAUGUGAAGGAACGUCCAGGCACGUGUUUGAUGAUGACCUAAUUGAAAAGUUUCCGACUUCUGAUCCGAAAUGGGAAGACUCGGCGGUUUUACGGGUUCGGGAUUGCAAGAACUUGGAACUCGACCUUUCCGAGUAUGACGGAGAUUUGCCCCAAACCUUGGACCGAGGAGCCCUCAUAAUUGAAAAUGUCGAUGAGAUGAGAGUCCUGUCCUUCAAAUACGGCUUUAGGAGCAACGAACCUAAGCGCAACGAAAAAGCGUUUUCCAGCAUCUACUUUAGAAAUAUCAAUAUGACGGCGGGUACCCAAUUGGACUUUGAGGAAAAGGUCGAGGUUUUGCUCCAUCAAGUGAGAAUGACUGACGAGAAUUCAGAUCCAUUAAUCGUGAAGAGUACCAAUAGCAUAAAGGGAAUUAACCCCAUCAUCAGAAUUGAGGAGUGUCAAUUCAACUUGGGCGACAAUCUCCAGAGCAAGAGGGAGUACUUCGAGAUUGAAGUGAUCAAUGAGCACCAAGUUGAAGAUAGCACGUCUGAAUGCAGCAAGUACUACGACUACGAAGGCGAGGUCUACUUCAAGCGAAACACGUUAUCCAAACUUGGAACCGGCCGGUUCUAUGUGAAUGGAGCCUCCAAAGUAAUUGUCGAGGACAAUCUCAUUGAGGUGCUUGAGCUGGAGGCUUUUGAAAUGAAACAAGUGGAAGAGUUGGAUAUUGUCCGCAACAUCAUCCGUAACGACCGGGCCAGGCCCUCUUUCAAAGUUGAGUACGAAAAAGACAUCAGCAAAUGUACCAACCAGCCCGACUUGCCAGAGGAUCGAAUCAAAGGAAAGAUCACCAUGAACCGAGUUUGGAGAGUCAGGAAGAGCAUGGCCGAAGUGGCUUUCAGCGGCUACUCGGACGAGGAAAAGUUGAAGAUCGCAAAAAAGAUCAAGUUGGAAGAGAAUGCCGGCUGGGGCUUUUGUCAAUGUGCGGAGUUGAAUGCCAAGGAGGAUCAGGCUAACCUGUUGAUCGAAAACAAGAUCCUCCGGGACUCAAUCUGUGCGUCCUCGGUCACCGGUGGAAUCGGAAAGCGAAAAUCCAUUUGUGCCGGCAGUCAUCCUCGACCAUUCUUGGGCAGUCUCUUGAAUGCGUUUGGUUUGGAUAGUGGAACCCCACGGAACGAGGUCGGAUUCUUGUUCCCUCUCUCUAUUGCGUGGACCACCUUUGCCAUAGGUAUCGGUAGGCUCUAAGAGGACUCCCUUGUUCAACUUUGCUUCACGUUUCUUUGAAAUUGGUCUCGGUCAUAUUUUACGUACACUUUAUUCGACUAUGUUCGCUUAAUUUUGAAAUAAAAUGAAAUUUUGGGCUUUCAAACGCAA